ACGGAUGGGGCCAGCACGGGUGCCCAUGGGGACAACAAGCGAUCGUAGUGAAGCCCAGAGGCGAGAAUCUGAUGAUGAUACCUGUGAUGAGCCUGACGAGAAGGACGCGUUGAAGAAGGACAAAGGAGUUCAUCAUCACCACAGGCAUCAUCACCACCAUCAUCAUCACAUCAAGCCGGAUUCAGCGAGUGCUGUUGCCUGGAUGGUGAUUGCUGGAGACGGUUUGCACAACCUGACUGAUGGGAUCGCCAUUGGAUCCGCAUUCGCCGUUUCUUACUGGGGCGGUCUUUCCACGACAGUUGCUGUUUUCUGCCACGAGCUUCCUCAUGAAGUUGGCGAUUUUGCCAUGUUGCUGGCAACUGGGAUGACUGUGAAACAGGCCCUGUUGUAUAAUGUCCUGUCUUCUGUGCUGUGCUUUGCUGGAAUGGCUGCCGGGAUUUUUAUGGUGACCAAUAGUCCUGAUGGAGGUGAAGCCACCAUCAGCAACUGGGUUUCCGCUGCUACUGCGGGUGUCUUCAUCUACAUAGCGCUCGUUGACAUGAUACCAGAGUUGACCAAUUCAGACCGUGGACCCAAGAACCCUUGUUUGAGAGUUACCAUAGAAGUGCUGGGAAUGCUGACGGGAGUCCUCAUCAUGUUCGUCAUUGCCUUCCACGAGGAUGGGUUCUAUUCCUUCCUGGAGUGAGGAAGAAACAUUUCCUCACCCGAAGAAGUACUUCCGUUCUUCUGCGUCUACACACACACACACACCCCGCGUCAGCCCCUUGCUUUGUGCUAAUUUUUUCUCCAGUGUUGAGAGCUUGAAAGUUUCAUCUCCAUUCCUAUGGAAAAAAGGCGUUUUUUUGGUGGUGAAUUAAUGACUGGGGAAUUCUCUGAAGAAUUUGUAUUCUGACCCAUGCCUUGCUGGGCGAAAUUUUGUGGAAUGCGUACCUUUUUUUGGGGGUUCCCUGUUGUUUUUUGAAGAAGAAGGAGGGUUUGAUCAUUGAUUGUGGCAAUUGUUGGGUGUUCUGGAAAGUGAGCUUUUUUCCCGCUGAGAAGAAAAACAAAAUAUGAAUCUGGCUGAUGCACAAGUGCAGUUUGUGCACAUGGCUUUUUUUUUUUUUUUCUUGGGUGACUAAAUAUACUUCCAACUGAUUGUUUGGAGGGUAUGAAGAGUUGCUUUAGGAGACAGAAAUCGAAGAAUCUGGUCUAAUUUCUUGCAAUGGUAUUUUUUCCCUCCUAUGUUUGAGGCUGUGACCUGAUGGCCGUAGGGGGAAAAUGAGAAAAUCAAGGGCUUUGUCCUCGUUCGUGUUUUUUUUUUUUUGUUGAGAAAAAAGAGAAACGAAAAUUGAGAUUGUGAUUUAUGAAUCACGGAGUUUUUCUCACUUUCUGUUAAUAGACGGAAAACAAACGAAGCUUUUGUGUUGUGCUGCUGAUUUCUUGCUGAUUUUACUAGCAGUAUUUUUUGAAUAAACGAGCAAUUUCGGGGGUAUCAGUGGCAGGAAUUCCUUUGUUGUCAUUGUUUUUGUUCGGGGGAUUGUUUAAUAAUGAGCUGCUGAUGGUGUGAAUAAAAAAGCAUUGGGUCGCUGAGGUAGAAAA